AUGGCGGCCAACGCGCAGGACCCGCAGGUCCAGGCCUACAGCGCCCUCCUCGAGCAGCUUAACGCUGCGCCGCACGACCGCAGCCUGCACGAGCAGCGCAUCGCCCUCGCGCGCGCGCUCACUGAUGAGCAGGAGGUCGAGCAGGCGAGGAACGGGCUCGCACAGGUGUAUCCGCUCAGCCAAGCCGAGUGGACGGCUUGGCUCGACGACCGCAAGGCGGCCCUCCCGAAUCCGCCAACCGACGACGUCGCGCCCUACCUCGAGCUCGUAGAGCUGUACCGCAGAGCCAGCAGGGACCACCUCUCCAUUCCGCUCCUCGUCUCGUGGUCGCAGUGGACCACUGCCAAGUACUACCUGUCGCAGGGCCUCUCGCCGGCACCGCCACCAGCAGACGCCGACGACGAGGACGCCGCCAUGGAGCCGGCGAGCCGCAAGGUCGGCGAGCCGGACGAGCUGCUUGGCGUCGUCUUCUCGCUCGAGGAGGUCCGCGGCGUCUGCGACGAGGUGCUCAACGUUGCUGGAGCGCACAUUGCCGAGAGCUCCAAGGUCUGGUCGCUCUGGCGCGACUUCGAGAUGGACCUCCUCAAGCUCGACCCUUCGCCCGAUCAGCUCCUCCAGGUCGAGCAGAUGUACCUCGCUCGCCUCAAGGUUCCGCAUCUCGACAUCGCCGAGACGUUUUCGGCCUACUCGUCGUUCGUGACCAACUUUGACAACGAGAACUACGACAAGAGCUUGCCUGCCGCCAACAAGAUCUUCAGCGCGACGGCCAAGAAGGCCGACGAGCGCUACCCCGAGGAGGAGAAGCUCAAGGCGGCCGGCUACAGCCCGCAGGCGUACCUCGACUACGUCUCGUGGGAGCGCGAGGUCAAGCGUCCCGACACGCCGCUCGUCAAGGGCAUCUUUGAGCGCGCCGUCGCCGACCACCCGACCGAGAUUGACCUGUGGGACGAGUACCUUGGCUUCCUCCACAAGAUCCCCGAGAAGGACUCGAACCUGCGCGACGUGUCCGAGAAGGCGAUCCGCAACCUCCCGACGUCGACCUCGCUCUGGACUGCCGCCAUGCGUGUCGCUGAGAAGCUCGGUCUCGGCGCCGAGGAGGUCGAGGCGCUCUUCCAGCGCGCGCUCGCGACGGGCUACUUCUCCAAGGACAUGGACGCGACCGUUGCCCUGUACCACGCCCGCGCGAGCUACUACCGGCGCGAGAUGGACCGCAACGCGACCGACGACGGUCCCGACGCGCAACUCGCAGGACUCGCUAUCGGCGUGCUGCAGGAGGGCAUCGAGUCGACCAAGAAGGUCACCAAGAAGGGCGGCGACCCUCAGUUCCGCCUCGAGAAGUUCCUCAUUCGCAUCUACGAGCGCUUCCAAAUGUUGAGCGAGGCGCGCGCCAUCUGGGAGGACCUGUGCAAGACCCGCCAGUACUCGUACGCCGUCUGGUACGGCCACGCCGACUUUGAGACCCGCAUGGGCGACUACGCUCGCGCGCACCAGGUCUACACGCAGGGCUGCGCCGUCAAGGGCCUCGACUACCCCGAGUUCCUGCUCGAGGCGUGGCUCACGUUCGAGAACGAGUACGGCGUCCUCGCCGACGUCGAGUUUGCGCUCGUCAAGGCCAAGAGGCAGCGCAAGGGCCUCGAGAAGCGGCGCGCGAGGGAAGCAGCAGACGCCGCCGCCAAGGCCGCCGCCGCCGCGCCCGCACCGGACGCCGACAGCUUCAUCUCGUCGGCGGUCGCGCAAGAACCGGCGCAGGACGGCGUCGACGCGAGCAAGAAGCGCGAGCGCAGCCCGCAAGACGAGUCGGCGCCGGCGCAGGGCGCCAAGAAGGUCCGGGUCGAGGCGCCCGAGCCGGCCGGCGAGCCCAAGCGCGACCGCGAGCACUCGACCGUGUUUGCCAUCAGCUCGGGCGAGAUGAGCGAGGAGGACGUCCGCAAGCUGUUCCGCGACUGUGGCGAGAUCCGCGAGCUGCACGUCAAGUCGAUCGACGAGCGCACCUACGCCCAGAUCGAGUUUGUCGACAAGGAGAGCGUCCUCGCGGCGCAGACCAAGGACAAGAAGCGCAUCAACGACCUCGAGACCGAGGUCCACAUCGCCUGGCAGUCGUGCCUGUACGUGACCAACUUUCCCGAGUCGUUCGACAAGGCCGCCCUCGAGCAGCUGUUCAGCAAGUACGGCACCAUCUUCGACACGAGGUGGCCGAGCAAGCGCUUCAAGAACACGAGGCGGUUCUGCUACGUCCAGUUCGCCAACCCGGCACACGCGCAAGCUGCCCUCGAGCUGCACGGCACCGAGCUCGAGCCCGGCCACGCCCUGUCGGUCCUCAUCUCGGACCCGUCGCGCAAGAAGUCGCGCUCGGACGCCGGCGCCCACCAGCGCGAGCUCUACGUCGCGUCACUCGCCAAGUCGGUCAAGGAGGGCGACCUGCGCAAGCUGUUUGAGCCGUUCGGCACCGUCACGGGCGUCCGCAUCCCGCAGGACGACAAGGGCUUGUGCAAGGGCUUUGCCUUUGUCGAGUUCGAGAACGACGCGUCGGCGCAGGAGGCCCUGUCGCUCAACAACCACGAGCUCAAGAAGCGCCACAUGUCGGUCACGAUCGCCCAGGCGCGCCAGGCCGGCACGGGCAAGUUUGCGUCGCAGCCCGAGCGCCGUGUCGAGACGGAGAACCGCGGCGUGCGUGUGCGGGGCCUCGCGAGCGACACGCAGGAGGCCGUCAUCCAGCAGGAGUUUGAGAAGCUCGCGCCCGUCCGGAGGGUCAACUACGUCGCCGGCACGACCGAGGCCGUCGUGCUGCUCGAGAAUCCGGCGGACGUCGGCAAGGUCCUCAUGCAGCGCGAGUCGCUCGUCAUCGGCGGCCAGCAGGUGACGCUCCUCGCCGAGGGUCGCCAAGCUCGUGCUGCAGCAGGCGGUGCCGGCGGAGCGAGGAAUGGCUCGCCCGGCGGCGGCGGCGGUGGCGCAGGUUCGGGCGACGGGCCGGGCGAGCUCCCGAUGAUGCCCCGGCAGGCGACGCGCAGCCGUGGCCGUGUCGGGCUCGUCGGCACGAGGGGCCGCGGCGGACGAGGAGGCCGGCUCGGAAUCGGCUCGGGGAGGAGCGUCGGGUCGCUCGCGGCGCAGGGUCAGGCCGGCGGCGACGCGACGAUGGCGGGUCCAAGCGGCGAGAAGCCCGCCGAGGGCGGAAAGAGCCAGGACGACUUCCGCGCCAUGCUGCUGAAGAAGAAGGAGUAG